AUGGUCGAUCGUUAUGCUGGAUUAUUCGAAUAUAGAGUUUUUAAAAAUCAGUAUUCGGUAGAGUUUCUCUUACCUACUGGCGAACGUUGCAGGGAAUGUGAACGAUUUGCGAGAAGAAUUGUUGAUAAUAUGAAUGAUAGCCCAACUCGAUUAAUUGGAAUGAGACCUAAUGACGCUACGAAACUUGAGAGAGUGUAUUCCAAACCAUCAGUAAAAUAUAAUCGUCCAAUAGGUGUUGAUGAACCCCAGUUGCCAAAAUGUACCACUGUCCGAUUUUUGCUUGCUAAAGGAGAAUGGGAAAAUGAUCCUUUCGAACGGCGCAGAAUAACAGAUCCA